CUUCUCUGGCAUAACUGAUAGAAAACACAUCAUCUAAUUCUGACAAAAUGCAACUCUUUUAGGAUCAAUGUUCUUUUAGUCACUGACAUAUGAGAAAUAACUAAUGCCUGCAAAAGUAUGAAGUAUUGGCUUUAAAUCUGACCAGGAUUUAAUUUUUUGUUGUAUUUAUCAGUACAUGAAAAUCAAAAAGAGGCAUUAGAAAUGCAACUGAAAGCAAACCAGAACCCUUUCUUUGGGCUUCCUGUUUGUCAUAUGAUUAUUCAAAUUAGAGGCAGGACUUGGCUUGAACUUUAUAUUGAGUUGAUUCAGUUUUCACUUCAGAAAGAGGCAUCAUGAAGUCAGCCCUGACACUCCUGGCUGCUCUCACUCUUUUUCAAAUCUGCUCCUCUGGUCCCGUGAGGCGUCCGACCAACUGGCUCAGACAAUGCCGGGCUUCCAGCAACAUUUCCCUCACAGCCCUGGAAGUCCUGCCUGGAGGAGGCUGGGACAACCUGCGCAACAUGGACAUGGGCCGAGUGAUGAACCUCAGCUACUUCGACUGCCAAACCACUGAGGACGGGCUCUACCUCAUCCCAGACGAGGUGUUUGUCAUCCCUCGGAAGGAGACAGGCGUGGAGACCAACUCAGAGAUCAUCGGCUCCUGGCUGGAGCAGAAAAGCACAACAUCAAGCUCUAUAAACGCCGACGUGUCGUUCUUUUCAGUGCUGAACGGCAAGUUUUCGACAGAGCACACAAGGAUGAAAUCACAUCAGGUCAAAGAUUCUUCAACUACAGCCAGAGUACAGGUUCGCAACUUCCUCUACACAGUUAAAGCUUACCCUGACUUCACGUUGGACUCCCGCUUUGCGCAGCAAGUCCAACUUAUAGCGGAUGCGAUUGAAAACAACCAAACGAGGAACGCAGACUAUCUCUGUGAGAAGAUGGUGCUGGACUAUGGAACCCAUGUUAUCACCAGCGUAGAUGCCGGGGCUUCUUUGGUGCAGGAAGACUACCUCCGUUCCUCUUAUGUGUCCGACAGCUCUUCAGAUAGCUCCACUGUAAAAGCCCAGGCUGGAUUAAACUUUUUUGACAAACUCAAAUUUGACAUAAGCAGCCAGUCUAGCCAGCAAAGCUCAUUGCUUAAAACAUAUCAGUCCAACAUUCAAUACUCCCUCAUCCAGAGCCAUGGAGGCAUACCUUUUUAUCCUGGGAUCACUUUGCAGAAGUGGCAAGAAAAUACCAGGAAUAACCUGGUCGCCAUUGACCGUUCUGGAUUUCCAAUCAACUACUUUAUAAACUCAAACAUGUUCCCUGUUCUGCCACAACCCACCGUUGGUAAAGUGGCUCACACAGUGAGUAAGGCAAUAGAUCGUUACUACAAGAUCAACACCCGCCCUGGUUGUGUGGACAUGCGCUCCACGAACUUCAACUUUCAGGCUAAUGUUGAUGAUAAUUCAUGUGAGGGCCCAGCCACCAACCUUAGUUUCGGAGGAGUGUACACAGAGUGUACAAAGCUUAGCCAGGAUGCAGAUCCUCUUUGCGAAGCAUUGGCCCAGAAAAACAUUGCAACAGGUGACUUCUCCUGCCGCUGGCCUUACUCCUCGACUUUACUGAGAUCAGAAGUGAGACAGCAGGGUUACACAGAGAAUCACUGCUAUGAAGUCAGGCAUUCGUGUGGCUUCUUGGGGUUGUCCCAUUGUUAUCGCACAGACUGUGAAAAUGUGUAUAGAGUGCAAGUUGCUCGCGUAAAUACCUACUGGUGCUCUGUGAACGGACAAGCUCCAGAAAAAUCAGGGUAUUUGUUUGGAGGAAUCUACGGCACCUCCUUUCAGAACCCCAUCACCAAGUCCAAGAGCUGCCCUCAAAGCUUUACCCCAGUAAAGUUCCUAUCAGAUGGCCAAAUGAUCUGUGUGAGUAACGACUAUGAGAUCGGCACCAAGUACUCCGUGCCAUUCGGAGGCCUCUUCAGCUGUGAGGCUAGUAAUCCGCUGGCAAAAUACCAACACAGAUGCCCUCCUAAAUUCAGCCAACAUCUCGCUACAGUCAGCGAUGGCUGUGAAAUUCUUUACUGUGUCCAGUCUGGACUGUUCACGGGGGGCGAUCUGCAACCGAUCCAUCUCCCACCCUUCACCAAGUCUCCUCUUGUCAGCAUGCAAGCCACCAACACGGUGAUGGUGUUGACUGAAGGAGAACAGAGCUGGGUCAGGGUGGGGCCCACUAAAGCGUGGAAACUUGUCAAACCAGAGGAAAUCCCUGAACUUGUUCGAAAGUUCAACCCAGACCUGAAUCAGAUGUCGAGCGGGGAGAAGGCAGGAGUGGCAUUUGGAGUGAUGGGUUUGAUAGCGCUGGUGGUCAUAGUGGCAGUGGUUAUUAGGAGGAGGAGGAGGUACUCUGGAUUCAGGUCAGGCGAGUAUCAGGAAAUAGGCGAACAGGUAGAGACGGAGAUGCCCUCUGAGGAGGCUUAAAAUCAUGUUGGAUGGCUUUAGAUGUAGCUUCUGAUUGCCUUGUUAAAGUUAUUUUUCAAAUUCUUUUAUGAAACAGCAUACACAGCUUUUGUAUUAUAAAACUUAGAUGAGCACUUCAUUUAAGGAAGUGGUGACGUGAUGGAAAUCUGUAUUUUGGAACUGCAGAAAGCAAAACUGAUUUUCAAUCUCCUGAAAGCACUCCUGCUGCCCCCGUGUGGCCUAGAUGUGCAUGGCCAAGUCAUAUUUUUACGGCAUAUGUUUAUCCAUUAGUCACCUUUCUAUGCUUUGACACUGUAUUUAGUUUGAAUUCUACAUGUAAAAUAUUUUAUAAAACUGCAUUAAAGAAUUAAUGGACACUUUGAUAUGUGCCAUUUUUGUAUACUGCUAAUUACAACUGAGAAGGCUUUUUUUUUAACUUGUACUAUAGUUGACUUCGUAGCAAUAAAAAUAAAAUAUGAAUUAUAAAAAUAUUAGUGUCUGUUUUUCCAUGUUUUACUCAUCCAUGUUAU